AUGAAAAGCAAUGUGUGCGGUUCUGUUCUCUGGAUCACAUCAUUGACUGAAAGGUCAUUAUCAGACAAAGCAGGAUUAUUAGUUCUUAUGUGUUCCUUCCAGCGGCUCAACUUCAGAGCAUCGAAUUUUAACAUCCCAGAGCAGCAGUCACAGGUGACAGAAUAUGAAAACACAGAGAAGAGUCAGGAAACUCCUCAAGCAAAAGAUAGCGGACAUUCUCAGACCUCAAAAGAUGAACAGCCUCUCGCGAAUAUAUCUCAUGCGCCGAGAAACCGGAAAAGAUGCAGUGAUACACCAAUAGACAAGGCUAUAAAGCAGUUGAAAAUCAUUAGCGAUGAUGCUAAAAAUAACACCGAAGAUGAAUUUCACUUAUUCUGUAGAAGUUUGGCUAUGCAGUUAAAGCGAAUGCCACUACAUCGAGCUUUGAUUUGUCAACAGAAAUUACAAGAAGUCAUGGUGCAGGAACGGCUGCAGUUCAUUAAUACAUCCCCUCAUGAUUCUACGCGUUCAUCAUCGUUGUCACAUAGUUCUUAUACCUAUGUAAUGUCUCCAGAUACUUAUCAACAUGAGCAAUAUCCUUCGUCCAUUUCUCAGUUCCAAUUGGCACACUGCCCACAACUCAAGAAAAUAAUACUUCGGACUUGCUCCAAACAGCUAUGA